AGGGCAUGACAGAAAAUCAGACAUGGGUCACAGAAUUCAUUCUCCUGGGAUUUCCACUCAGCCCAAAGAUUCAGAUACUUCUCUUUGGGGUCUUCUUCCUCCUCUAUGUCUUCACCCUGCUGGGGAACGGAAUCAUCCUGGGGCUCAUCUGGUUGGACUCCAAACUCCACACCCCCAUGUACUUCUUCCUCUCACACCUGGCCAUUGUUGAUAUUUCAUAUGCUUCAAACAAUGUCCCCAAGAUGCUGGCAAACCUUCUAAACAAGAAAAAAACAAUCUUCUUUGCCCCGUGCAUAAUGCAGACGUUUUUCUACAUGGCUUUUGCUCACACCGAGUGUCUCAUCUUGGUAAUAAUGUCCUAUGACCGCUAUGUGGCCAUCUGCCAUCCCCUACAUUACACUGUCAUCAUGAGCUGGAGACUGUGCACCAUCCUGGCGGUCACUUCCUGGGCAUUUGGCUCCCUCCUGGCCCUGGUCCAUGUGGUCCUCAUCCUGAGGUUACCCUUCUGUGGUCCUCAUGAAAUCAACCACUUCUUCUGUGAGAUCCUGUCUGUCCUCAAGCUGGUCUGUGCUGACACCAGGCUCAACCAAGUGGUCAUCUUUGCUGCUUCUGUGCUCAUCCUGGUGGGGCCCCUCUGCCUGGUACUGGGCUCCUACUCACGCAUUCUGCUGGCCAUCCUCAAGAUCCAGUCAAAGGAGGGCCGCAGGAAGGCCUUCUCCACCUGCUCUUCCCACCUCUGCGUGGUCGGGCUCUUCUUUGGCAGCGCCAUCGUUAUGUACAUGGCCCCCAAGUCCCGCCAUCCUGAGGAGCAGCAGAAGAUCCUUUCUCUGUUUUACAGCCUUUUCAAUCCCAUGCUGAAUCCCCUGAUCUACAGCCUGAGGAACACAGAGGUCAAAGGUGCCCUAAAGAGAGUGCUUUGGAAACACAGAUCAAGGUGAGGGGUACCAGGGAGAAGCUAGAGGAUGGAAAAU